CAGAUAUCAACGAUUGUUCUCCCGAUCCUUGUGAAAAUGGAGGAAUUUGCAGUAAUGGAGUGAACACCUUUACUUGUGCCUGCGAUCUUGGCUAUACAGGGCCUACGUGCGGAACAGCCAUCUUGAAUGGACCUGGCCCUCUGGGACUUGAGAGUUAUUUCAUCCCAGAUUCAAGUCUGACAGCUUCCAGUGAGUAUAAUGCUGACCAUGGUGCAAAGAGAGGUCGUCUUAACCUGGCUCGAGUCGGGAACCUGCGUGGAGCCUGGUCUGCACGACCAACAGAUGCCAAACCGUGGAUCCAGGUGGAUCUUGCAGACAUUUACCGUAUCACUUCAGUUGCGACUCAAGGGCGACAAGAUGAAAACCAGUGGGUAACAAGCUACAGGCUUGCUUGUAGUACUGAUGGCACGACCUUUUACACCGUGCAGGGCAUCUCUGCAUACCCUCGAGCUGUCAGGAAGAUCUUCACCGGUAAUGCCGACCGCAACACCAUCGUGACCAACACUCUGCCUGUAUCCCAGAUUUGCCGCUAUGUCCGCUUGAUGCCUGUCAGCUGGUACGGCCACAUCAGUCUUCGUAUGGAGAUCUACGGUGAAGGUCCUUUCACAGAUAUCAACGAUUGUUCUCCCGAUCCUUGUGAAAAUGGAGGAAUUUGCAGUAAUGGAGUGAACACCUUUACUUGUGCCUGCGAUCUUGGCUAUACAGGGCCUACGUGCGGAACAGCCAUCUUGAAUGGACCUGGCCCUCUGGGACUUGAGAGUUAUUUCAUCCCAGAUUCAAGUCUGACAGCUUCCAGUGAGUAUAAUGCUGACCAUGGUGCAAAGAGAGGUCGUCUUAACCUGGCUCGAGUCGGGAACCUGCGUGGAGCCUGGUCUGCACGACCAACAGAUGCCAAACCGUGGAUCCAGGUGGAUCUUGCAGACAUUUACCGUAUCACUUCAGUUGCGACUCAAGGGCGACAAGAUGAAAACCAGUGGAUAACAAGCUACAGGCUUGCUUGUAGUACUGAUGGCACGACCUUUUACACCGUGCAGGGCAUCUCUGCAUACCCUCGAGCUGUCAGGAAGAUCUUCACCGGUAAUGCCGACCGCAACACCAUCGUGACCAACACUCUGCCUGUAUCCCAGAUUUGCCGCUAUGUCCGCUUGAUGCCUGUCAGCUGGUACGGCCACAUCAGUCUUCGUAUGGAGAUCUACGGUGAAGGUCCUUUCACAGAUAUCAACGAUUGUUCUCCCGAUCCAUGUGAAAAUGGAGGAAUUUGCAGUAAUGGAGUGAACACCUUUACUUGUGCCUGCGAUCUUGGCUAUACAGGGCCUACGUGCGGAACAGCCAUCUUGAAUGGACCUGGCCCUCUGGGACUUGAGAGUUAUUUCAUCCCAGAUUCAAGUCUGACAGCUUCCAGUGAGUAUAAUGCUGACCAUGGUGCAAAGAGAGGUCGUCUUAACCUGGCUCGAGUCGGGAAUCUGCGUGGAGCCUGGUCUGCACGACCAACAGAUGCCAAACCGUGGAUCCAGGUGGAUCUUGCAGACAUUUACCGUAUCACUUCAGUUGCGACUCAAGGGCGACAAGAUGAAAACCAGUGGGUAACAAGCUACAGGCUUGCUUGUAGUACUGAUGGCACGACCUUUUACACCGUGCAGGGCAUCUCUGCAUACCCUCGAGCUGUCAGGAAGAUCUUCACCGGUAAUGCCGACCGCAACACCAUCGUGACCAACACUCUGCCUGUAUCCCAGAUUUGCCGCUAUGUCCGCUUGAUGCCUGUCAGCUGGUACGGCCACAUCAGUCUUCGUAUGGAGAUCUACGGUGAAGGUCCUUUCACAGAUAUCAACGAUUGUUCUCCCGAUCCUUGUGAGAAUGGAGGAACUUGCAGUAAUGGAGUGAACACCUUUACUUGUGCCUGCCAUCUUGGCUAUACUGGGCCUACGUGCGGAACAGCCAUCUUGAAUGGACCUGGCCCUCUGGGGCUUGAGAGUUAUUUCAUCCCAGAUUCAAGUCUGACAGCUUCUAGUGAGUAUAGUGCUGACCAGGGUGCAAAGAGAGGUCGUCUUAACCUGGGCCGAGACGGGAACCUGAAGGGAGCCUGGUCUGCACUAAUAUAUGAUCGCAAACAGUGGAUCCAGGUGGAUCUUUUGGACCUUUACCGUGUCACUUCAGUUGCGACUCAAGGGCGACAAGAAUCAAACCAGUGGGUAACAGGCUACAAGCUUGCUUGUAGUAUUGAUGGCACGAACUUUUACACCGUGCAGGACAUCUAUAGAAACCCUGUAAAUGACAGGAUCUUCAUCGGCAAUGACGACCGCAACACCAUCGUGACCAACACUCUGCAUGUACCCCAGAUUUGCCGCUAUGUCCGCUUGAUGCCCUUCACCGCUGUCGGCCACAUAAGUCUUCGUAUGGAAAUCUACGGUGAAGGCCCUAUCACAGAUAUCAACGAUUGUUCUCCCGAUCCUUGUGAGAAUGGAGGAAUUUGCAGUGAUGGAGUGAACACCUUUACUUGUGCCUGCUAUCCUGGCUAUACUGGGCCUACGUGUGGAACAGCCAUCUUGAAUGGACCUGGCCCUCUGGGACUUGAGAGUUAUUUCAUCCCAGAUUCAAGUCUGACAGCUUCUAGUGAGAUUAGUGCUGACAUGGGUGCAAAUAGAGGUCGUCUUAACCUGGGCCGAGACGGGAACCUGACGGGAGCCUGGAUUGCACGAAUUAUAGAUGAUCGCAACCCGUGGAUCCAGGUGGAUCUUUUGGACCUUCACCGUGUCACUUCAGUUGCGACUCAAGGGCGACAAGAAUCAGACCAGUGGGUAACAAGCUACAAGCUUGCUUGUAGUACUGAUGGCAAGACCUUUUACACCGUACAGGACAUCUCUACAAACCCUGCAAAUGACAGGAUCUUCAUCGGCAAUGACGACCGCAACACCAUCGUGACCAACACUCUGCUUGUACCCCAGAUUUGCCGCUAUGUCCGCUUGAUGCCCUUAACCGCUUACGGCCACGUAUGUCUUCGUAUGGAAAUCUACGGUGAAGGCCUUAUCACAGAUAUCAACGAUUGCUCUCUUGAUCCUUGUGAGAAUGGAGGAAUUUGCAGUGAUGGAGUGAACACCUUUACUUGUGCCUGUGACCCUGGCUAUACUGGGCCUACGUGUGGAACAGCUAUCUUGAAUAAGCCUGGUCUGGGCCUUGAGAGUUAUGUUAUCCCGGAUUCCAGUCUUACAGCUUCCAGUGCGUAUAGAAGUCCCGAGUCUGGCAACUUUACCGCAAAUAAAGGUCGUCUUAACCUGGCCGAAACAGCCUGGGGCGCAGAAACAGAAGAUACCGAACAGUGGAUCCAGGUGGAUCUUUUGGAACCUUACCGUAUCAUUGCAGUUGCGACUCAAGGGAAUGGAAAAACCUCAGACAAGGGGUAUCGUGAGUGGGUAACAAGCUACAAGCUUGCUUGUAGAACUGAUGACACGCCCUUUCACACCGUGCUGGACAUCAAUGGAGAUGACAGUAUCUUCACCGGUAACUUUGACAAGAACACCAUCGUGACCAACACUCUGUCUGUGCCCCAGGUUUGCAGAUAUGUCCGCUUGAUGCCUGUCACAUGGCAUAGCUAUAUUGCUCUUCGUAUGGAGAUCUACGGCGAAGAUAUCAACGAUUGUUCUCUUGAUCCUUGUGAGAAUGGAGGAAUUUGCAGUGAUGGAGUGAACACCUUUACUUGUGCCUGCGAUCCUGGCUAUACUGGGCCAUCAUGUGAAACAGAUAUCAACGAGUGUUCUCUUGAUCCUUGUGAGAAUGGAGGAAUUUGCAGUGAUGGAGUGAACACCUUUACUUGUGCCUGCGAUCCAGGCUAUACUGGGCCUACGUGUGGAACAGCUAUCUUGAAUAAGCCUGGUCUGGGCCUUGAGAGUUAUGUUAUCCCGGAUUCCAGUCUUACAGCUUCCAGUACGUAUAGAAGUCCCGAGUCUGGCAACUUUACCGCAAAUAAAGGUCGUCUUAACCUGGCCGAAACAGCCUGGGGCGCAGAAACAGAAGAUACCGAACAGUGGAUCCAGGUGGAUCUUUUGGAACCUUACCGUAUCAUUGCAGUUGCGACUCAAGGCAAUGGAAAAACCUCAGACAAGGGGUAUCGUGAGUGGGUAACAAGCUACAAGCUUGCUUGUAGAACUGAUGACACGCCCUUUCACACCGUGCUGGACAUCAAUGGAGAUGACAGUAUCUUCACCGGUAACUUUGACAAGAACACCAUCGUGACCAACACUCUGUCUGUGCCCCAGGUUUGCAGAUAUGUCCGCUUGAUGCCUGUCACAUGGCAUAGCUAUAUUGCUCUUCGUAUGGAGAUCUACGGCGAAGAUAUCAACGAUUGUUCUCUUGAUCCUUGUGAGAAUGGAGGAAUUUGCAGUGAUGGAGUGAACACCUUUACUUGUGCCUGCGAUCCUGGCUAUACUGGGCCAACAUGUGAAACAGAUAUCAACGAUUGUUCUCUUGAUCCUUGUGAGAAUGGAGGAAUUUGCAGUGAUGGAGUGAACACCUUUACUUGUGCCUGCGAUCCAGGCUAUACUGGGCCUACGUGUGGAACAGAUAUCAACGAUUGUUCUCUUGAUCCUUGUGAGAAUGGAGGAAUUUGCAGUGAUGGAGUGAACACCUUUUCUUGUGCCUGCAAUCCUGGCUAUACUGGGUCUACGUGUGGAACAGUUUCACAUUCCACAGGAAUUUCUAGUGGUGCAGAGGUGCGACUUGCCGGAUCAGGUAGCUCCGCCAAUCAAGGUCGAGUUGAGGUGUAUGCCAAUGGACAAUGGGGAACAGUAUGCGACGAUCUUUUUGGGCAGAAAGACGCUAAUGUAGUGUGCAGGCAGUUGGGCUUCCCUGGAGCUUCUGGCUACACGAAAGCCCAGACUUUCGGCGCCGGUUCAGGACCCAUCCUUAUGGACAAUACGAGAUGUGUAGGCAACGAAACUUCAAUCAUGGACUGCCUGACGAACCCAAUCGGUGUCCACAAUUGCCAGCACUCUGAUGAUGUUGGAGUGAUAUGUCGCGUUGCUCAGGGGAGUUCUCGUGGUGCAGAGGUGCGACUUGCUGGAUCAGGUAGCUCCGCCAAUCAAGGUCGAGUCGAGGUUUAUAUAAAUGAGCAAUGGGGAACAGUAUGCGACAAUCUUUGGGGGAUCAACGACGCUGAUGUAGUGUGCAGGCAGUUAGGCUUCCCUGGAGCUUCUGGCGUCACGAGAGAUGCCAAGACUUUUGGCGCAGGCUCAGGACCCAUCCUUCUGGACAGAGUGAGAUGUGUAGGCGACGAAACUUCAAUACUGGACUGCAUGAAGAGCGCAAUCGGUUUCCACAGUUGCCUUCACUCUGAUGAUGCUGGAGUCAUAUGUGACAUAGCUGAAAGACGCAGCAUGGAGGAAAUGGAGUUAUACUAUAACAUAGAAGAACAGGUGGCUGCUGAAGAACGAUCCAAUGCCAAAAAGGGUGCUGACUUUAAGAAGAAAAAUGUCCUCCAGGCUCUAUCUGAUUUCCUGGCCAAACUCAAGAACAAAUAGAUGAUAUAAGGCAGCGGACACACUGAACUUGGGGCGGACUGGGAGCAAAGAUGUAUAGAGGCUUUUUUCAUGCACGUUCGCUCGGCAGUAUAUUCAUUCACGGUUGGGUGAUGUCACUUCAUAUUAAUAGGUGUGAUGCGUGAUCGUUACAGUGGAGUCGAAAAGGACCCUAUUUUUGUCAUACUUUAAAGAACAUUUUCCCCACAAAUAAAGAAAACAUGAUCCCUUUUGCACAAGAGCUGGUACAAAGAUUAGGCUUUAUAUAAAAUCUAUAUGUUUAGCUUUAAUAUCGAGUACACAAACACAAAAAGUAGCCCCCUUUAGCCUGUUUUCGAGAAGAA